GAAAAAUGGCUACUCUCGGAGGCUCGUCGUGGGAAGAGCUCCGUAAACAAGCUCGGACGCUAGAAAAUGACAUAGACAUGAAACUGGUGGCGUUCAGCAAGCUGGGCAUCAGCCCGGUGACCUCAAGUCUGAGCUCCGAGUCGGUGCCGCUCAUCAACAGUGAGGACAUGUUUGAUACCAUGUCUAUGGAGCUACAACAGUUGUUGAAUAAGCUAUCAUCAAUAAACGACAAAAUGGGUGAAAUAGCCCCAAACAGCACGGCAACAAUGCACACUAUAAAGAGACAUAGGGAAAUCCUUAUGGAUUACCAGCAAGAGUUCUCUAAAACCUCAGCGCGAGUGAGCGCGAGGCGGGAACGUGAAGAAUUACUGCGAGGCUCGAAAUUACUGCGAGGCUCGAGUCCGCCUCCCGCCGCCGGCCUCAGCCGCCGCGACCAGUACACCAAGGAGGCCAACCAUCUGCACAGUUCUCAUAUACUAGUAGACGAGCAGAUCAACAUAGCGAUGGAGGCUCGGGAGCACCUCACCUCGCAGCGGCAGACCUUCAAGAGGAUGCAGACCAGGUUCAACGACAUCACCAACAGGUUCCCAAUGCUGAACAGCCUAAUAUACCGAAUAAACGCCCGGAAGCGGCGCGAUUCCCUCAUAGUGGGCAUCGUGGUCGCAGUUUGCACAUUCCUGAUGCUUUUCUACGCGUUCCACUGACUUUACUGUCU